AUGGUGACAGAGUUGAAUUCCAUGCCGAGAAAGAGGAUGCUCUGUACUGGGGAGAGCUUGCCCUUCUCUCAGUUGACCUGUAGUCCCAAUCAAUCUAGAAAUGUCACUAAAAGGGAAGUGUCAGUGACUGAAGUGACAGAUAACAACUCACACAGGAAGACAAAGUUGCAAAAUGGUCGCAUAAGGAACAGCAGCUCUUUACACCCUGAUCUGCUUUUGCCUCAUUUUAGCAGUGUAUCUGGAGAUGAAGGUGGUAAUGUCAGUGUAAAGUGUUUCUAUAUCAGCACUAAACUUAAGAAUGACAGCAAAAAGCGGAGCAGAUAUAAAUAUGAGAGGUAUUUCAAAGUGAAAGGAACGCACACAUCCCAGAGUUCAUCAGUUGAGAUCAGUGAUGAUGAGAGAGGAUCUUUCACUGUGUUGAUGUCUGGACUGAUGCUGAGUGAUUCUGGCUACUUCUGUUCUGUCGAGAACCUUCAAGCUCCUGUUUGUCUCACAGUCACUGCAGCAGCCAGCCCAGACCCCAGCAGUGGGACCACCAUUGAAACAAGAAGUUCUGAAGGUAGUGGAAAAUCAACAUUAAAUAGUCAACAAAAAGAGAAAAAUAUGUCUCUCUGGCUUCCAGUUUCUGUUGGGCUGUUGAUGAUAAUAAUUCUGGUUGCUGUUUGCGCCUGGAAAUGGAAAAAUAGAUCCGGAAUGAGAUUGUGGUGCUGCUCUGGAUUACUGGCCCAUUACUGCUGCUGCUGCUGCUGCUGCUGCUGCUGAUGGCUUUCUUCACCUGGAGGAUUAAACGAAAACACAGUCAGUUUUCACACUUUUAAAUAUUGUUUUACUUAAUUGUGAGUAGUACUACACUGUUCAUACUUUAAAUUUGCUUCUAUUUGUAAAUGCGAGAAUUUACAAUGCAUGUAUUAUCUGCAUUGCAUGCUAUAUUUUAGUUCCCACAUGAUGUGAUAUUUCUCAAGAUUGGCUAUAGUAUUGUUAUACAUUGAACAGGACCACACUUUUUUUUCUCCAUCAAGAUGGCGGUUUGUUUACACCAGGACCAGAUCCCAGUUCUAUGGUAUGUGUACUUUCUGAAUUGUCCAUGAAAUUGCAUUUCAAAAUAAUAGUUUCCAUUUACAAUCCUUUAAGUUUUCUCUCUUCUUAUACAGGCAGAUGACUCUAUGUCUCUCCAGUAUUGCACAGUCGCCUUUAAGAAAGCAAAGGAUGACAAAGAAGAUGAC